AUGAGAGGGCGGAGAGCAGUUCCUUCGGUUAGAAGCAAGGGCAAGGCCGUGAUGCUUUCCACCAGUUCUCCAUUCGAGCAAUGGAUUCUGGAAGAGCAUGUGCCGACGGUUAAAAUUCCGUCGCACAUUACUUACGAUGGGAAUUUGGAUCCAAAGGACCACAUUGCCUCUUACGAGGGGCAUAUGCACCUGUACCCCAGGUCCGAAGCGACCUGGUGCAAAUACUUUCUUACUACUCUCAAGGGGGUCGCGCAAACGUUGAUUUCCAAGGGGGUGAAGGAAGGCUCCAUAACUGGGUGGGACGACUUGUCCACCAAGUUUAAAAGCAAUUUUUCUACGGCAAAUCGCCGAGAGAAAACAAAUGCAGAGCUCAUGGGCCUGCAGCAAGGGGAGGACAAAAGCCUUCGCGACUACCUGACUCGCUUCAGCAACGAGUCGUCCAUCAUUUCUUGGCUGGAUAAAGGGUUGGUCGUUUUUGCUCAUCAGCACGGCCUUCGGACUGGUCCGUUCUCCGACUUCAUGGUCAUGAAUUCACCCCAGACCUUGGAGGAGGCUCUGAGUGCCUCGGACAAGUUCAUCCGAGUCGAGGAGUGGAACAAAACAAAAAUCCAACCUCAAACUGGGGGCGGGAAACAAAAACAACAAUCGACCGAAGGACAAGGCCAGAAGUCGAAAGGAAAGGCAAAAGCCUCAGAACAAGCUUCGGCCAACGAGUCGAAGAAGGAAAAAUCUGCACCUUACCUGGGCAGAUAUGAAUCCUACACUCCGUUCGCCCUCCCACGCGCUAAGAUCUACAGUGUGACGAAGGGAGAGCAGAGUUACCGAAAGCCAAGACCACUUCCCCAGUGCAAUCAACAGAAAAAUAAAAACCUUUGGUGUGAGUUCCAUGAGUCACCGGGACACAACAUCGAAGAAUGUAUCCAGCUGAAGGAACAAAUCGAGGAUAUGGUCCAGAAGGGAUAUUUGAAAAAAUAUAUUGCAGAUCACUGA